GAACACCCGCGAUACUGCAGGAGUUCAGCAGCAAUGCGGAAGUGAAACUGCCACGAAUCAACAUGGCUUCAAAACAACAGCUUGAGAGCUUAAGGGAAGAUCUAAUUUGUCCCAUCUGUUUAGACUUAUUCACCGAUCCGGUGUCACCAGACUGCGGCCACAACUUCUGCCGCUCCUGUAUCACACAGUUAUGGGAACAUGAAGAUAGAAACUCCUGCCCGGAAUGCAGAGAGGUGUUUACAGACCGCACCCUCAGGGUUAGUCGGGCCUUGGCGAGUCUGGCUGAGAAAGCUCGAACACUGAACCCGAAUCUCAAAGGGAAGGAAAGUAAAUUUAACUGCGAGAAACAUCAGGAGGAACUGAAACUGUUUUGUGAAACGGACAAGAAACUGAUCUGUGUAAUUUGUGCAGCUGGGCGGGAACACAAGACUCACAGCUUCAUGCCGGUGGAUGAAGCUGUUGAAAUCUACAAGGCUGAGAUCAAAAUUUCCUUGGAAUCUCUCACUCAAAAUAAAUUGGCGUUGGAGCGAAUGGAACAGCAACAGAAGCAGAAGAUUUGUGGAGUGCUGGUAAGGUAUAGGAGCAAAGAGGUCCUUCUGCAGUUGUACAGGGCCCUAGUGGGACCACACCUGGAGUGUUGUGUGCAGUUUUGGUCACCUAUUAUCCAUAUUGCAUUGUAA